ACCAGAAAGAGAGAGAGAGAGAGGGAAUGGAGAAGGUGCAAUAAGGUCUACUCUACCCAAAGAAGUUAUUAGUCUCUCUCGCUCUCUCCAAUGUCGGCUCACAAAGAGAAAAUCAAUGCCAUUCAGUUCUGACCCGGCUCUCUCUCUACCUUAAAGCCCUUAAAACUACGAUCUCGGUGAAGAGAGAGUAGAUUUGAAGGGUAAUACAGCCGCCUUGAUCUCCGAAACCCUAACGCCGAGGUGGCGCUGGGGUUGAAAUGGGGAGCUUGUGGAAGAAGGCGAAGGUGGCGCUGGGGUUGAGCACUUGCGUUUUUGUGCCGACGGUUCAGGACGAGGAGGAAAUCCUUCAGCCGGAAACGGGCAAGAAAUCGCAAACUUCUACCGGAGAUGCUGCUGCCUCGCUGGCUUCUUCUGGUCGUAAUUCUCGCUUGGAUCACGGCUUGUUGAGGCCGAUUAAGCCGACCCCAAACUCUUCCAGACGUCUGAUGUCGGAAUCUGGUAGCAGAUCUUGCAAGAAAACAUGUGCUAUAUGUUUGGGCAAUAUGAAAACAGGCCAUGGUGCCCUCUUCACUGCUGAAUGUUCGCACGUAUUCCAUUUCACCUGUAUCGCUUCAAACGUUAAGCAUGGAAAUCGUGUUUGUCCAAUUUGCAGAGCUAAAUGGAAGGAGGUUCCUUUCCUAAGUCCAUCUUCUGACCUUCCUCUUGGGAGAGCCAGAGUAAACCCAGUUAAUUGGCCACAAGAAGUUGGGACAGUAAUGCUUUUGCGUAGAUCUAUUCAUUCAGGUUCAUUCAACAGGCAACAUCAUCUGGCCUCUCUUUCUAACAUCUCUGAGCCAAAUGAUUAUGACGAUGAUGAACCUGUAGAGUUUCUGUUAGAAACAGUCAAGGACUCUCAACAUAGAUCAACCAGGACAAUUGAUGUCAGGGCAUACCCCGAGUUCAGUGCCAUACCAAAAAUGGCUUCUGAAGAAUCCUUCUCUGUACUAAUCCACUUAAAGGCCCCUUGUGCUGUUGCAAGACCUCCCCAGUCUUAUGGAAACCAGAAUGCAAGCCUGACAGCAUUACAGCCUUCUCGUGUCCCCAUUGAUCUAGUAACCGUGCUUGAUAUCAGUGGCAGCAUGGCUGGCACAAAGCUUGCUCUACUGAAACGUGCCAUGGGCUUUGUCAUCCAGAAUCUUAGCCCUUCUGAUCGACUUUCGGUCAUCGCCUUCUCUUCCACUGCACACCGCCUUUUCCCUCUUCGCCGUAUGACCGAGCCUGGCCGGCUCUAUGCAUUGCAGGCUAUCAAUUCUUUGGUUUCAAGUGGUGGAACCAAUAUUGCUGAGGGACUGAGGAAAGGUGCCAAGGUGAUUGAAGAGAGGAGGGAGAAAAAUCCUGUAAGCAGUAUCAUACUCCUUUCAGAUGGUCAAGACACAUACACUGUCUCCCCAGCUGGUAGCCGCGCAAAUCUUACAUUCUCAGACUACCAAUCUCUCCUGCCUUCCUCCAUUCGUUGCGGUACCGGGCAUCAAAUUCCUGUUCACGUUUUUGGCUUUGGUGCAGACCAUGAUUCUGUUUCCAUGCAUUCAAUUUCAGAGACUUCAGGUGGCACCUUCUCAUUUAUUGAGUCUGAGCUUGCAAUCCAGGAUGCUUUCGCACAGUGCAUUGGUGGGCUUCUUAGUGUCUUGGUGCAAGAAUUGAUUGUUGAGAUCGAGUGUGUACACCCUGCUAUGCACCUUUCUUCGAUACAAUCAGGCAGCUAUGCCAACAGAGUCAUUGAUGGAAUGAAAGGUUCAAUCAGUGUUGGAGAUCUGUAUGCAGAUGAAGAGAGGGAUUUUCUGGUUUCUGUUAGUGUUCCACCUGUGAAUGAUGAAGAAAUUGUGCUGUUAAAGGUUUGUUGCUCCUACAGAGAUCCAUUGUCUAAUGAGAAAGUGAAUGUAAAAGACAAAGAUGUUAGAAUCCAAAGGCCAGAAUAUUUAGCAGAAAGAGUGACAUCUAUUGAAGUAGACCGCGAAAGGAUUCGGGUUUGGGCAGCCAAGGCAAUGGCAGAGGCAAGGAUGGCGGCCGAGCGGGGCGCCCUUUCUGAAGCUGUGUCGAUUCUUGAAGCUCAGCGUUCCGUACUUUCGAUGUCGGCCGCCAGACGAUCAGGCGAUCGGCUUUGUCUUUCUCUUGAUGCUGAGCUGAGGGAAAUGCAGGAGAGGAUGGAAAGCAGGCAGAGGUAUGAAGAAUCAGGAAGGGCUUAUAUGCUUUCAGGGCUGAGCUCUCAUUCAUGGCAGAGAGCUACUACCAGAGGAACCUCCACCGAUAGUUCUGGUCUUACUCAUUCCUACCAGACGCCAUUGAUGGCUGACAUGCUUCAGCGUUCACAGACAUUACUGCUAUCACCUAGGCAUCCACGGCCAGUCAUCCGGCCUACUUACUCCUUUUCUUCCAGGCCAAAUUCAAGGUAAUUUCUGCAUUUCUGCUUCUAUUUUGUUCUACUGUUGUGGGUAUAGGAGAACGAAAGCUUGGAGCUAAAAGAAGUAAAUGGCUUCACUUCAUGGGGGUAUACUGAGGUUUCGUUUGGGACGGCUUUUUUACUGAUCUUAAAGCAGUUUUUUAGUUAUAAAAAUUAAAAAUUUUAAACUAUAAAACUGUUUUAAGAAGCAACAAAAAAAUCGUCUCAAACAAAGCC